AUGUUCAAAGAAUAUUACAUAGAAUCCGAAAUUAGUUUCUUUGAGUCGACUACCGAAACACAUUUAAAUAAACUACCAAAAGCUCAAAAACCGUUGCCAUCAAAGGAAGACUGCAUUUCAUUGUGGAAUGCCGUUGGAGGAGAGGGAGGAAAUCUGCGAAAUGUUGCGGCGAAGAGUAGUGUAGCGAUGGGUGGAGUCCUAAAGCUCUACGAAGACUGUCUGCGCUCUGAAGAAGGCAUUCGGUAUCGAAGGAACUACUGGUCAAAGAGUAGCGACAAAACCAACAAAAUCAGCGAUAUCUCCAAAAUUAUUAUGAAUUUAUAUGAGCCAUGAAUGAUCUCAUUACUCCAUUUGUAAAUCGUUAUUAUUUAAACUACUCUGCUAAGAAAU